AUGCAUUCUGUUUACCGAAACCUGCCCCGAGGGCACAUUCGGCUCCUGACCGUUCACCCAGGCAAUGAAACAACCGCUCUCUCUGGCACACUUCAUUCAACACCACUAGAAGAAGCGCCCCAAUUUGAAGCAGUUUCUUAUGCUUGGGGCACCGGUAGCUUUACGGAAACUUUGAACAUCAUCUCCAACCCCGGCACAGUGUUCACCUCGGGUGAACACGAAGUUUCUGGCGCCGGGCAUAUCACUCGCAACGUUACAUCCCUGUUACGCUGUCUUCGCCGCAGGUCCGAGACUCGGAUUCUUUGGAUUGACGCCAUCUGUAUCAAUCAAGCUAGUAUCUCGGAGAGAAACGAUCAAGUGCAGCAGAGGCGAAAAAUCUAUUCUCGCGCCCGAGUAGUUGUCAUCUGGUUGGGACCGGCAAUCGAAGGCGAUGGAAGUGGUCAGGCAAUUGCAUUUCUGAACCAGAUGGGUCAAAACCAACAACGCCGCAACAAUACCAUAUCAGACGGCUUGGUCCAAGAUGACGACAGCGCUUUCAGCCAAGAUUACCAGGACGGUUCUGAGUCCACUAAGGUCAUUUCUUCGACUCAUCUCCUGACUGCGCGUGCGAUCACCCCUCAAGAUCUGCCCAGUCCUGGUAGAAUGCUACUUUCAUUGAUGACUACCUACUACAUCAAAACCAAGAGCUCUGAAAACUAUAAUUACUACGUCAACGUCAAAGUUUGGAACCUGUGGGGGCUUCAGAGACAAAGUCUGGCACGUGGCGAGACGGCUCGCCGGGCUCGGCUCGCAAUGGCCUUUUUAGUUGACAUUAAAGUCGACGAAGAGAUCAGUCAUGUCACUCUUGGAGCUCCAGGAUGUUGUUACGAUAGCUAA